AUGGCCGACAAUGGAGCAGGAACGGUCCAGACGGACCUCAUCACCUUGACCAGAUUCAUUCUACAAGAACAACAAAAAGUUGGACCCAAGGCCACAGGUGAACUCACUUUGUUGCUGAAUGCUCUGCAAUUCGCCUUCAAAUUUAUAGCACACACCAUUCGCCGUGCCGAGCUGGUGAACCUGAUUGGACUGGCUGGUGUUCAGAAUGCCACCGGCGAUGACCAGAAGAAGCUGGAUGUGAUCGGAGACGAGAUCUUCAUCAAUGCCAUGAAAGCGAGUGGAAAUGUGAAGCUUUUGGUCUCGGAGGAGCAGGAGGACCUGAUCGUGUUUGAGUCCAGCAAUGGUAAUUACGCAGUUGUCUGCGAUCCCAUUGACGGAAGUUCCAACCUGGAUGCGGGUGUUUCUGUCGGAACCAUUUUCGGUGUCUAUAGGCUUCUUCCCGGCUCUUCCGGCACUAUCAAGGAUGUUCUCAGAUCAGGAACCGAGAUGGUGAGCGCCGGUUACACCAUGUAUGGUGCUUCUGCCCAUUUGAUGCUUACCACCGGUCAUGGUGUCAACGGUUUCACUCUUGACACCCAUUUGGGAGAGUUCAUUCUGACUUACCCAGAUCUGAGGAUCCCCCAUUCCAGGGCAAUUUACUCCGUCAACGAGGGAAACUCGUUCUAUUGGUCAGACGAAAUCAAGGCAUACCUCGCAUCUCUCAAGGAACCCCAGUCAAAUGGAAAACCCUAUUCUGCAAGGUAUAUCGGAUCCAUGGUGGCUGAUGUCCAUCGUACCCUGCUUUAUGGUGGUAUCUUCGGUUACCCGGGUGAUUCGAAGUCCAAGAACGGAAAACUGAGAGUGCUCUAUGAAUGCUUUCCAAUGGCAUUUUUGCUGGAACAAGCUGGUGGGUUGGCAGUUAACGAUCGUGGAGAACAGAUCUCCCACAUAGUUCCCAAGCAGAUACACGAGAGAAGUGGUAUCUGGCUAGGAUCAAAGGGCGAGAUCGAGAAGCUUCUGACGUUUAUCAAGCCAUGA